UUGUGGUGACGUCACGGGCGGGGGACGCGGGUGCCCCUUUGGCUCGGGCUGGGCCGAGCGCCGGGCGCGGAACGGGCGGGGAGCGACCCCGGGCCGGGCAGGCCAUGGCCAGCACCGGCAGCCCCCUGGUGAGUCCGGGCGCGGGGGGCGGCCCGCAGGCCGGGCGGGCCAUGGCCUGCACCGGCAGCCCCCUGUAUGAUGCUGUUCCAAUCCAGUCAAGUGUGGUGUUAUGCUCCUGCUCAUCCCCAUCAAUGGUGAGGAACGAAGCAGAUUCCAGCACUCCAUCUGUCAUUUCUCCCUGUGGCAGCAGACAGGGAUCUAACAUGGAAAGCACAGCACCUGAAUCAAGAUCUAAUUCCAGCUCCUUGCAGCAACAUACAGGACAGCAGCCUCCACAGCCUCGAAAGAAACGACCUGAUGACUUCAAAUUUGGGAAAAUUCUGGGUGAAGGAUCUUUCUCAACGGUUGUCUUGGCUCGAGAAUUGGCAAGUUCUAGAGAGUAUGCCAUUAAAAUUCUAGAAAAACGUCAUAUCAUAAAAGAGAACAAGGUGCCAUAUGUGACACGAGAGAGAGAUGUAAUGUCCCGUCUGGAUCACCCUUUUUUUGUGAAACUCUACUUCACCUUUCAGGAUGAUGAAAAGCUAUAUUUUGGGCUUAGCUAUGCCAAAAACGGAGAGCUGCUAAAGUAUAUACGCAAAAUUGGUUCAUUUGAUGAGACCUGUACCAGGUUUUAUACUGCUGAAAUUGUAUCAGCCCUGGAGUAUUUGCAUGGGAAAGGAAUAAUUCACAGGGACCUUAAGCCAGAGAACAUCUUAUUAAAUGAAGAUAUGCACAUUCAAAUAACAGACUUUGGAACAGCGAAAGUAUUAUCUGCAGAUAGCAGACAAGCACGGGCAAAUUCAUUUGUUGGGACAGCACAGUAUGUUUCUCCAGAACUGCUGACAGAGAAAUCUGCCUGUAAAAGCUCUGACCUCUGGGCUCUGGGAUGUAUAAUAUAUCAACUUGUAGCUGGAUUGCCUCCAUUUAGAGCCGGAAAUGAAUAUCUUAUAUUCCAGAAGAUAAUAAAGUUGGAAUAUGACUUUCCAGAAAAAUUUUUUCCCAAGGCAAAAGACCUUGUUGAGAAGUUAUUGGUUCUAGAUGCUACCAACAGAUUAGGUUGUGAAGAAAUGGGAGGAUAUGGACCUCUUAAGGCUCAUCCCUUCUUUGAAUCCAUUGUGUGGGAGAACCUACAUCUUCAGACACCUCCUAAACUUACAGCAUAUUUACCUGCUAUGUCAGAGGAUGAUGAAGACUGUUAUGGAAAUUAUGACAAUCUCCUGAGUCAGUUUGGUUGCAUGCAAGUUUCUAGUUCUGCCUCUUCCCAUUCACUGUCUGUCCCAGAGACAAGUACACCACAGACAUCAGGAGGAAAUAUUGAACAGUAUAUUCAUGAUCUUGACAACAAUUCCUUUGAGCUGGACUUACAGUUUUCUGAAGAUGAGAAGAGGUUACUUCUGGCAAAACAAGCUGGUGGAAAUCCUUGGCAUCAGUUUGUAGAAAAUAACUUAAUCCUGAAAAUGGGUCCAGUGGACAAAAGAAAGGGAUUGUUUGCACGUCGGCGCCAAUUGCUGCUCACAGAAGGGCCCCACUUGUAUUAUGUGGAUCCUGUCAACAAAGUUCUAAAAGGAGAAAUUCCAUGGUCAUUAGAGUUGCGGCCAGAAGCCAAGAAUUUUAAGACAUUUUUUGUUCAUACGCCAAACAGGACAUAUUACCUGAUGGACCCAAGUGGGAAUGCUCAUAAAUGGUGCAAAAAGAUACAUGAAGUUUGGCGGAACAGAUACCACCAGAAUGCUGCAAAAUAGUAAAGCUCAUCCAAAAUUUCCCAGUUUCCCUACUUGCUGCUAGAACUCCGUGUGCAGCCGAUCAGAGGAAUCUUUUCAACCCACCUAUUACCAUCUCAAGGGGAAGCAUAUGUUCGAAAUGUUCUUUUUUUUUUUUUUUUUUUUAAGAAAGAAAAAAAAGGAAGAAAAGCAAAAACCUAAUGGAAUUCAGGGUUGCUUUGCUCGCUCUUUGUGCUUAUUUUGAGGCUUCCACAUGCAUAUCAUUGCAGUGAAGAUCUUGCUUUUGUGCACUUCAGCUCAGUUUCUGCUGCAGACUAGUGGAUAGACCUUGCAUUACCAGCUUCACUUAAGAUGAGUUAAAACCAAUCCACACGCACACAUGCCGAAUCAUGUACCAGCCUUGCAUUUCAUGGGGCUGGAGUUUUCUGUGACUCUCAGAUUAUCAUUAAACUGUAUUUCAUCAGGGAGCUUUUAUAUGCCUCUCCUAAGCACCACUUCUUUGUUUUCUCUUCCUUUCCUCACAGUCCCCCAGCUUAUUGGUAUAUGGCAUUUGUAGCCAGGUCAGUUGCACCCUUGUGUAAUUCCUAAUAUAGUUCUGGUUGCAGGAUUUACGUGGUACUUUAGUAAUUACAUGAAUGAAUCAGAUGUAUGUGUCUGGCAGACAGGCUCCAAUGAUAAAGGUUUUGAGAGAGUAAAAUGCUGAACGUGGCACUGAAAGUUUCCUAAAAUUGAAAUGUUGGCUUCUGAAGCAUAUGAGAUUUUAAACAUUCAGUUUAAAUUUUAAUAUGAAUCAUGUGUGUUUAAUCAAGGGACGAUAAACUUACCAGCAUGCUUUUAACUAAUGCUAACUAAAAAAGAAGCUAGUUAGUAUGGGGGGAAAAGGUUACUGUUGGAGUAGUAAAUAGUUUUUCACCUUUUCAGCAGAUGAGAGUUAGAAGCUUUCUUUCCAGGGUGUGCAUGUUUUGUGCGUUUUAGUGGGGCCAACCUAUUUACUUGGGUAGAGAAGGAAGUGUGAAAGCUUUGUACAAUUGAUUACUUGACUUUUUUUGUCUCAUUGUAUAAUGAGUUGUCAAAUAGUCCUAUUUUUGGUCCUUGGCCAAAUAUUCAGGAACUCUAGAAAAAAAUGUAAGCAAUUGAAAUAUUAGAUAAUAAAGUAAUCUGGUUAGAAAAUCAAAAGAAAAUAUUCGUACAAAGGGGAAAAUAUAUGGUACUUAAAGCAUAUCUAUAAAAUGAAAAUAUUUUUCAUAUCGAUCUCCUUUAUCCUCUUCAAAUUAAGGCUUUUUUUGUGGUCAGACAUUUCUCACGGUGUUGCAAAGACACAACUUUGUGUGCUAAAACCAACUCCCUUAAUGGUAUUUUCAACAUGCCUGUGUUCCUGAACCUUGCAGAGAGGAGUGACCAAGGUCUGGACAAAGGCAUUCCUCCUUUUUUUAAAAAGCAGUAUAAACAUCACACCUAUUUAUUCAUUUUCCACACAUACCAUCUCUUUUGAGUUGUCAUACUAUGAUAUGCUUUUCCUUCCACCAAAGAAAGGUUUCACUACAAUGUUGAAAAAUCUCGUGGGGUACUGUUCUAGAAGCAGUAUUUUAAAAGCAGUGGCUUAUCAGGAUUUCUCUGAAAACACAUGCACGUUGAAUAUUUUCUCGUACAGGGUGAAGGAGAUUUAUUAUUGAUCUCUUAAAAAUUGUGUUAUGUGGUUGAACUUGAUGGCAGUUCAGCUUUUCCAGUAUCUUUUACUCUUUAAAAGAGACAGUGCAGUUGCCUUUUCUUUUGGAGGAACUGCAUUCUGGUAGUCUUCUGUAUCCCACCAUGUCCACGGACCUGAGAGAAGUAAAUUCCUGGCUUACAGUGCCUGGUGUUAAGGGAGUGAAGGUGUCCUGUAAAUGGCUGAGAUGAGGAAGAGAGAACAGCAUUCCCUUUGCAUCAUGAGCAGUUCCAUCACAUACAAAGUACACUCCCUGUCACUCAAAUUGGAAUAGCACAAUGCACCUCUGAUCUGUGUCUGUAUUAAGCUAUAUUUGCCAUUCUAACCAAGAUGACAGGUAUUUUAAGUUUGUUGCAGUGCUAUCCAUUUGUUCUCCGGCUGUCAAAUUCCAGCCAUAUGUUGUGUCCACUGGAGGCAACUCUACCAUUUUUGGAUUUAGGCUCUGGUAUAGAGAUGUAGAUGUAUUCCCAACUUUAUACAGGAGAGUUUGGCAGUAAUGGAGAUUCACGGUGCCACUGCUGUGCAGUGUGACAAACCUUGGUCUCACACAAAAGUCUGGCAAAAUGAUCUCCAUUGGUUUGUUCACUAGGUGGAAAUCUAACUAUGCUUAACCAUGUUUUCUGUAAUAUUUAGACUUUUAGUCGUUUUGCCAUAACAAAGCAAUUACUAUGCUUUUUCACACCUGGAAAAUCCUCUCUCAGUAGACUUCUGUCCUGCCCACCAAAAGCUUUCAGCCAGCCAGAUCUUGGUAGCAGGAAGCUGUCAAGAAGGCUGAUGUCUGCACUCUAGAAUUCCUUUUUUUAAUUGACAAUGCUGUCAUUAGAAAACUGUGAGCAUCUCAUACAGGCAUCCCUCCACUUAGAGCUUCAGUGUUCCUAAUCCAGUCUUACUUAGCUGUUGGUUUUUUGAGAAGGAUCUAGAAUUUUUCUGGGAGAGGUCUUUGUAUUUCUUGUACUGUAAGUGAAAUCUCUGGUUUUGAAAGGUGGCAGAAGAACAGUGAGGCAACACAAAGCAAUUGUGGGUUCAAGUAUGUUUUACCAGUUUGUCCACUUAAAUGUGUAUUGACAGGUGCUGCAUACUAUGACGGGCUGGCUCCCAUUUUAAAUGCUUAUACCUGGGGUAGGUUCAAAUCUUUGUCCUGAAGAUCACUCCUAUGGUUCAUGGAAGUUCAUGGAAUGAAAUGUACACGGGAGGUUCUUCAGAGCUGCAGAUAAGCCAGGUGAUUUUUCUGCUUUUAAUCCAAGGUUUUCAAAGCAUAAAAAAAAAGUUGUUAAUCACUAGAAGACUCUUCUUAAGACUCUUCCUGACUGCAAACCUACAGAAAACCCAAUCUAUUGAUUCAUUCCAGCUUUUGCAAUUUGAACAAUUGCCAAUCAUUUAUGAAGAAUCUGGUCAAUAGUAUUGUAAUUUUUCAUUGCUGGGGAUUUGAAUUUCAGAAAGGUGUCUAUUGCAUCAGUUUUCUGUGUUGUGGAGCUUAAGAAAGGAUGAAGUACUACUUCACAUAAGUCAUACAUCUAUUACUACUAGAAAGGACUUUUGAAUAACACUGUUUUAUUCAGCAUCCAGCCCAGUCACAGGAAGUUUAAAACUACUUCGAUAAACUGGAGAAACUAGUUUAUUACCAUUGGCCUUAAAAGUCCAGUUUUGUAAAGGCUUUACAUUAUGGAAGACUUGCUUCAGAUGUGAUGUUGAGGCAUUGUGAGCAGACUGAUAUGACCUAUUACGAUUCCAUUUGCUAAGCACUUAGAUGCUGAAAACAUCAAAGUAUCUGUACUGUGCUCCACUUCUCUCUUUCUCACAUCUUUUAGUUGUGAAGUAUCUGCUAUAUAUAAUCCUGGAAAUAACUGUUGAUUGAAACAAAGAUGUGAUGAUUCUAAUCAGUUCUCAUAGUUCAAGAUUCUUAAUUUAAUGUGCUUGAUAUCAUUACAUUUUGUGCUGGGAACUUUGAAGAAUCACGAGAAUUUCCCACAUGUACAUUUUCUUUUGAAUGAUUUAGUGAAGUCAAGAAAAUUACUUCAUUUGGCCUGUGGACAAAACAUUUGAUUUCAACAUCUUAUUGACUAGAGAACUUGUCUAUUAAUAGUUGCCUAAAGAUAUGGCCUGUGUAUUCUGAUCACUUCCUACUAGCAAAUUACACAAAUAGGUGUGGUAUUUAUAUCUGAAAUUUUGCUGGAUGCCUGGUAUACUUUAUGCAAAUAUUUUAUUAAUCAAAUGGAAAUGCUCCUGCAAAGCUUCAUGAUGCAGAUUGUCCAUCAGUUGCUCAAGUGAGCUUACAAACAAGUAGUUCUGUGACCCAAAAUGGCAUGUUUUCUUUUAAGACUGAUCAUUUAAGAAUGUUUUGUCUUUUGUAGAAGAAAUAUGACUUUUAUACAAUAAACAGUUGGAAAGGUUCUUAAGCACCCAAUAACCUGGUUUUAGAACAUAAUAUCCUAAGUUGGAAAGGGAUUCAGAAGAAUCAUUGAUCCAACCCCUGGCCCUGCCCACGACACCCCAGCAGUCCCACCCUGUCCCUGAGAGCAUUGUCCAAGCACUCCCUGAGCUCUGACGGCCUUGGGGCCGUGACCGCUGUCCUGGGGAGCCUGGUCAGUGCCCCACCACCCUCUGGGGGAAGAAUCUUCUCCUGAUACCCAGCCUAAACCUCCCCUGACUCAGCUUCAUGACAUUUCCUUGAGUCCUGUCACUGCUCCUGAGAAUGAAGUCUGUCUGUCAGCAGGGCACUGAAUGUAGAUGGUUGCUAUUUGACAAAGCUUCCUAUGACCAUGUACUAACUCUGAUUGGAUGUGGCAAAAGUUCAAAAUUGUGACAAUUUAAAGUUACUGUAUCUGACAAAAGAGAAAAAAUUGGAACUAGGAACCAUACUCAGUUUUAAUAGAUGUAUGCUAGCUGUUUUCAGGUUGGUGGCAGUCAGUUACAUGUGUAAUAUGCUCUACCUGGUUUGUAGCUGUAGCUGUGAUGUAUGGAUUAAAAAAAAAAAAAAAAAACAAACCACAAAAAAACCCCCAGCCCCUCUCAACAAACAACAAAACAAUCUCCCCUCUUCCAAGAACUUGUGAAAACAGAAGCAAAUAAUGCAAUGAUAUAAGAUACACACUUUUGUAUUUUUAUUCUUAUAAGGUUAUUUGCUGGCUCUUGUUGGCCUCUAGUUCAGUCUGUGUUAUUUAAAUUCUAAUAUAUUAAUUAUUUGGAUUGAAUUCAUGUUCGGGGCCAUGGUGUUGUAUGUAUUGAUGUACAGCCUUGAAUGUGAAUAAUUAUUGUAAACUAUAUUUUACACCUUUUUUCUGGCUUUAUUAUAUAAAUUUUCUAUCGGUCGAUGAUUUAAUCAUAUCUCAUAAUUUAAUGACUGUUUAUUCUCCUCUCGACAGAUCUCUGUGCUGUAGAUGUGUAGUUAGUGACUGGAUGACGGAUUUCACUUAUGCUUGGUAGUCUGUAAUAAAGGCAUGUAGGGUCCUGCGCA